GCGGCAGCGCCCGGCCCCGGCGGCGGCGGCGGCAGCAGCAGCAGCGCCCGGCCCGCCCCGGCCCGGCCUCACGCCGUGCGGGGCCCGCCAUGGCGGCAGCGCGGCCGGCGCUGGCCCGGGCCCUGCUGCAGCAGUGCGUGUCCGCCCGCCUGCAGGUGAAGCCGCCCGAGUGCGGCUCCGAGGCCGAGUGGGUGCAGAUCCAAAGAGGGCUUGUUAUCUACAUAUGCUUCUUCAAAGGUGCUGAUGAGGAUCUUGUUCCAAAAAUUGUCAAUAUGCUGUUGAAUGUUAAAUUGAGUGAAAAUGAAAGUGGCGAGUACGUUUCUGUCCUUGAUUUACCAGGCGAUGUGCUGAUCAUACCACAAGCUACCCUAGGUGGCAAACUGAAGGGAAGAAAGAUGCAGUACCAUGCAAACAUUGAAAAAGAAAAAGGGCUGGAACUUUAUUCUCAGUUUGUGACUUUGUGUGAAAAAGAACUGGCUGCCAGUGCCAAAUGUGUGGAAGCUGGUGUUCUUGUCAAGCACGGCACAUAUGGAAACAGGCAGGUGCUAAAACUGGAUACAAAUGGACCUUACACUCAUUUGAUUGAAUUUUGAAAAAAAAAAAAAAUAUAUAUAUAUAUCCUGGGUAUGGUACUGUCUUGCAACUAUUGUCCUUUUUUAAUUUCUAAACAUUAAUGUACUUAAAUGGUUUGGGAGGCUCAGUAUAAGAAAGACUUUCACUCAUCUGCACUGAUGUUGCCAAUCCCAUCAAACAGAAGGAUGCCUGAGACUGCUUUGUCAUAAUGAGUAUGUGGUUUAUGUUCAUGUUCAUCUGACGUGUGCUCAAAAUAAUUGUUAAGAUUCAUUCAAUAAGUAUGUAUAAUUUGGAAGGCUUUAUUAACAAAAAUGGGGUAAUGUAUAUGUUUCUUACUACAAAAUAAUGACAAAUGUAUUACAUAUAUUAGCUAUUGGAAAGUCGCCUUGAUGAAAUGAAGUUUAUAGAUUAAAGAAAAAAAGAUUGCUGUAAAGGUAUUUAUUUGUUCCUAAAUUUUCUGAGUCAGACACUUUUUGUCUUUCUGCUCUCUAUCUAUAAUAUAAGAAUGCUUUAGGAGAGUAAUAUUUUGAAAGCAUAAAUUCACUGAAUUUUUAGCCUCUUAUAGAAUAAGUGCUAAGUAAGAAAGUCCAUCCCUUCAUCCAGAGUGUGUAAGGGUGGGACACUUAAGGUAAGGACUAGGUCUGAACAUGGGUUAUACAGGGUAGGAAAAGUGAGAUACAUCUAGAAAUUGAAGUCAAGGCAGAACCACUGCAUUACUUUCUUUGAAGGUUGCACUCUGAAUCUCCCCUGAUGUGUUUUGAUAGGCUGCUUGCUAUAGCUUGGUCUGUGUCCUCAUUACCGUGGUCUUGAUGUCUACUCAAUUCUUUCAUAACAGAGCCUCAGGAAAAGGGACCGAACUAUUCAAACAAAAACAAAAGUGGUGCGAUGUUCUCAUUGUUCCCUCUGCCCCUGUUACUUCCUUCCAGCUUUCUGUCUGUUCAAUCCACCAGGCAGAGACUAGCUUAUAUUUCUUUUAUAUACAGUGUUGGCACAUUUGGGGUCCAAGUCAAACCCCUAUGCACUACUGGAAUAAACAUUAUUAACAGGUAGUGUUAAGAAGAUACAAUGAGAAAUUCUGUCUUUAAUGUAGUAAGAGCAGAACAGCUACAUUAAAAUGGGGCAAAUUCAAAACUGAUUCAAGUGCAUUCAUCCUGGGAGUCAAGUUUCUUUUUUACUGCAGCUUCACAGGUUUUUUUGUCAGUAAUUUAGAAUAGUCCAAAGUGAAACUAGACAGUUAUAUGACUUGCAGUAAUUAUCCAGAAGUCCCAUAUAAAUAAUCAAUUCUUCUUGAAAAGAUGCAAAACCUCAUUGUUAGCAAGCGUUCCAGCUUGUGCAAUGUUAAAUUAUGGGUCAGUAGUUACAAAUACUCUGUUCUUUACUUUUUAAAACAAAUAAUUGAACAUGUGAUCUUCAGGCUCAAACUAAGCUAUGAGAAUCUCAUUUUUCAACAGAUAAAAAGGUCAUAGUUUUGAUAAGAGAAUAAUGAGAUUUUUCAGGUUAUCAUAACGUAUGGUUAAUAAUUAUUAAAUGCCUAAGGAUGAUGAAUUCCUAGCAUUUGGCACUCUCACAGUUGAAAACAGCUAUUCACACAAAUGGCCUGGAAAUAUUAGCCAGGUCCCAAAUGACAUUUUUUCAUUAAUAAUUAACAAGUUAUGAUAGAAUAUUAGUCAUGUUUGAAGUUCUAGCAACAUUUAAAUAAGAUUUUCCUGAUGUGAAUAACUAAUACAAGUUCAUUAUGAUCUGUGUGCUUGAAAAAACAUUUUUUAAUCCUUUUUCUGUAAGAAGCCAAAUCCUUUAAAAGUUAUGAGUGAUACCACUUUUCACUGACCUUACAGGAAUUGUGGGCAUUCCAUGUAUCUCAAGAGCUGAUCUUUUGAGGUAUAAUACAAAGUCUGUAGCUUUUAUAUUUUUCUCUUCCUGACUUCAGAAAGAUCUUUGGCAGCCUGAGAAUUUAUUCUCUAUAUUUCAAGAACACUGCAAUUUUGAAGAGGGAUGAGCUUGAAAAUGAUUUGUGAAAAACAGACUUCAAACUGAACUCCAUCUCAUUCUGAUCUCUCAUAUAAACUUACAUGUUUCAGUGGUUCCUGGGACAAGACAGAACUCUGGAGUUUUUGUUAAAAGGUGGCAUCCAUGUGCAUCAUCUGCCCAUGUCUGAUUUAUUUGCAUAUCCAUCUUGGGAUACUGAUGUCUGCUGUCUUUUGCUCCAACAAUAGACAGCUUCUUGAAUGCUGUACCCUUUGUACUGCUUUAUUUUUAUCUACUAUUGAUUCACAAUCCAUUUACUGAAAGAAGCCAUUUCUGAAUAAUGUGAUGGACCAUACCAAUGAAAAAAUUGAUUAAAAUUAUUUUUGCAAAGCCAAA